AUCACUUUCUCAGUCCCUGCAUGCUGCAACCAAGGGUAUGCUGAAGAUUGUCAAUGACCUGAUUUCGGAGCCACCGGAAGGGCCUUUUUCCGGCUACCUUCUCUUACAAGAAGAAGAAGAUAGUUCCGGUUCCAGUUCCUGUGCUUCUUGUUGGGGAAUAUGUAAGGACAAGCGUGUUAAGGGUCCCCCAUUUCCACAGAACAAAUGCCUUCACGUUACCAAAACAGUCUAUCAGGAACUGCAAUCAUUACUUACGUCGAUCGUGCAUUUUUCAUCCCGGUUAUUGGCCAGCCCUUGUCUUCGAAUCUAUACUACGUGGUCAUGGUUGACGGCAAGCACGAGGGGUUGGUGGGCACAUGUUCUCGGCAUGAAGACAAAGCCCAUUGUUGCUGCUGCAGAGUAGUGAAAGACAAGAAGCCAAGCCCUUUCGAUCCCAAUAACAUUUAUCAACAUAUGCAAAUCAUUCCUAACGGAAGACAUUGCAAGCAAUUAGUAACCAAAUCCGCAGCUUCAGAUGGCCACCCCGGACAAUCCCUUCAUAGGAAGGAGUGGUACAUCGAAAUUGGAUAGUGCCAAGGCAUGAAUGUUUCUCUUCGUGCUCAGCUUGUUCCGAUGAAUUUUGUGAUCUCACAGAAGACACUGCCAAGUGUUAUUGUGGGGGAAUGGUGUCGCCCUUUUAUCUUCAUCAAGGAAAAGGGUGGGCUCGACGAGAAGAAAGAUCAAUUGGGAGAGAGCAUGUAUUAUAAGAUGAGUUUAGAGCAGCAAUGGGAGGGAAUUCACAGUUGUAAAGGGCAUGGAAAAUGGAGGGCUUGUGGGUAUUGGAUUGAGCAAGCCAAUUAUGGAGAAAUAAGAUGGGAUCAACAUAUGAAAAACAAUGGGGUAGAAAGAAAGUAUGAGAGGGAGUUUCAAUGUGGCCCAAGUGGUGAAUGGAUUUUUGCCUUAUAUGUUUUAGUGGAGAGAUAUGUACUGAAUGGAAGCUUGAUCUUCACCUAUACUUUUAGACACUCCCAUCAGUUGAGGGAAAAAUGGGAAUAAACAUGGUUGCAACUGCUUCUUCCAGCCUAUGCAACUAUGAGGGUCUUGUGUCUUUAUCAGUAAUUAGAUCUUUUGGGGGGUUUCUUAAAAUGUGAGGCAUGAC